AUGUUGAAAACUCAGACGCAAGCAACAGCGGUGCUAAUGGAAAGUAUGUGCCUCCAUGGAAACGAGAUGAAGUUCAAAAGGGUGAUGAGGGACAACGUGAACGUCGUGAAAGUGGAGACAACAGCGGUCGCCGCCACGGAGGGCACCAAGGAAGAGGAAUGCACAAUAUUUCAUUCAAAGCCUGCCUGCUGGAGCCAGCAGCUUCCAAGAGAUGAAAGCUCGGAACCGGAGCUCUUCUUAGGAAUGAACUCGGGGAUUAAUUUCAACAAUUAUGAUGAAAUUCCCGUUGAAGCAACUGGUGAAAAUGUGCCACAACCUGCGACUUUGUUCUCUGAGCUGAAGUUGCACCAAUGGGUCAAUGAAAAUAUCAAAUUGUCGGGUUAUGGGCGUUCGACACCCGUGCAGAAGUACAGCAUUCCGGCAUUAAUGGAUAAUCGAGACCUGAUGUCUUGCGCGCAAACUGGAUCCGGGAAGACUGCUGCCUUUCUAGUUCCAUUGAUCAACCACAUUCUUCAGAACGGACCUGAAGCAGUUUAUCGCGAAGCUCCUUGGGGCAAUGGUCGGAAGAAACAGUUUCCCUGUGCUCUUGUCCUUUCGCCAACUCGUGAAUUGUCACUUCAAAUCUAUAAUGAGUGCAGAAAGUUUGGCUAUCGUACACCCAUAACUUUGGCAAUUCUCUACGGUGGUCGCGAAAAUUAUAAACAACAAAUCAGCAAACUUGGGCUUGGUUGCCACAUUCUUAUUGAUGUGAUGGAACAAGGAUAUGUUGGACUUACUGGUUGUCGCUAUUUGGUGAUCGAUGAAGCUGAUCGUAUGCUAGACAUGGGCUUUGAGCCACAAAUUCGGCAAAUUGUCGAACUCUCAACUAUGCCAGAGAAGAGGUAUCGAGUGACUGCUAUGUUUUCUGCUACGUUCCCGAAGGAAAUUCAGAUUCUGGCUCAAGAUUUUUUGGUGCCCAAUUACGUAUUCUUGGCUGUCGGGCGCGUGGGCUCAACGUCAGCGAACAUCAUACAGAAGGUCGUUGGGGUCGAGGAUAAGGAGAAGCUCUGUUGUUUGAUGGACCUACUUGAUGCUGGAGGCAACGAGACAUUGACGGUAGUGUUCGUGGAAACAAAGCGUGGUGCUUCAGAUCUCCAAAAUUAUCUGGACCGUAAGAACUAUGGUGUGGUGGCUAUUCAUGGAGAUGGUCUCGUGGUCUUGACAUCCCAAUGCAUUUUGGGUAUUGGACGUGCUGGCAAUAUUGGAUUGACGACUACUUUCUUCAACGACAAGAACACGCGGCUGGCUAACGACCUUAUCAAGCUGAUGAUUGAAGCUAAUCAAGAGAUUCCAGAGUUCCUUUCGACGGUUUCGAACGAUGCUAGUCGCUAUGGACAAGCAAAUUUACGUGGACGUGGAAGCCGAGCUGAGUCUUCAAGGAACGGCUUCCGCCCAAAACCCACCCAGAACAAAGAUUGUGACCGUUUAUUAUGUGACGUUUCACUGGUACCAGUGAAACGAGUCUCGCUUGACAGACCUGAAACUCUUUCGAACUUUUGUAAAGGCUCGCCAAUUUAUGCACACAAGGUUAUUCUAUCUUCUACAUCUCCCUAUUUUUGUGCCACCUUUGGAACUUCCAAUAUGAUUGAAUUGAAAGCUAGCACUGUAGAAUUACAUGAUAUGGAUGAAGAGGCUCUUCGCCAAUUGAUCGACUUUAUUUACACAGGUCAACUCACAAUAAAUUCAAAUUUAAGCCAUGCCCUUCUAACAACAGCCUCGAUGUUGCAACUAAAUUCAGUUAAAGAUGCUUGUGCAAAGUAUGGACUAAAGUUCACCGAAAAAGCGAACGUU